AUGGGUGAAAUUGCCGGCGACGAGUUGCUGGAAGCUGAAGGUCACAUAUGGAAUCACAUCUUCAACUUCAUAAAUUCAAUGUCUCUCAAAUGCGCCAUUCAACUUGGGAUUCCAGACGCCAUCCAUCGUCAUGGCCCCAGCCCUAUGGCCCUUUCUCUUCUUGUUUCAUCCCUCAAACUUCAUCCUAAUAAAACCCAAUUCAUAUAUCGCUUGAUGCGUUUGUUGACUCAUUCCGGCUUCUUUGCUCUAAAAAAAGAAGGAUAUAUGCUUACCAAUUUAUCUCGUCUUCUUCUUAAAGACAACCCUUGUAGUGUAACUCCUUUCCUACUUACCAUGCUCAAACCAACCCUCACGGAAACAUGGCAGUUCCUUUCAGCCUGGUUCCAAACUAAUGACCACACGCCAUUUGAGGCGACUCACGGAAUACCGUUUUGGGAGUACAUGAAGAGUAAGCCAAGAGAUCGGGAGGCUUUUAACACAAGCAUGGCGAAUGAUGCGAGGUUGGUGGUGAGUGUGUUAUUGGAGAAAUAUAAAUGUGUUUUUGAGGGAAUUGGGUCGUUGGUUGAUGUUGGUGGUGGGACUGGAACUAUGGCCAAAGUUAUUGCAAUGGCUUUUCCACAAAUUGAAUGCACUGUGCUUGAUCUUCCUCAUGUUGUGGUUAACUUGAAAGCAGAUCAACCAAAUUUGACAUACGUUGAAGGUGAUAUGUUUAAGGUGAUACCUCCCGCUGAUGCUCUUCUCUUGAAGUGGAUGUUACAUGGUUGGAGUGAUGAAGAAUGUGUGAAGAUUCUGAAGAAUUGCAAAACAGCCAUAACGAGCAAUGGUCACAAAGGAAAAGUGAUUGUAAUUGAUAUGGUGGUCGACAAUAAAAGAGAUGAGAACUCGAUCAAAACUCAACUUUUCUUCGACAUGUUGAUGAUGAUUCUUGCUGGUGGAAAAGAGAGAGAAGAAGAGGAGUGGGCUCAAUUGAUCAAAGAAGCUGGAUUUGGUGGCUACAACAUUAUCCCAAUUAUGGGCUUAAGGUCUAUUAUAGAGAUUUACCCAUAA